UUUUUAUGAAUGACAUAGUUUGCCAUGAUUUGGAAUGCAAUAUUUAGGUUUCAUUGAUUGCUUUGCAGCUUGAAGUUUAAUUGAAUUACAAAAAUGGAGGUCAUCAGCAUUGUCAUAUUCUUCAUGAUUGGUUUCUUCAUCUGGUAUUGUUGUGGAGGAUCUUCAUCAAAAUCUGCCUCCUACUCCUCCCCCUCUUCCUCGGAGAACAAACUUUACCCCGACCUGAGUAAGAUGAAGAGUAACAGCAUGUUCAGUAUGUUUGGGGGCAGUAAUUACUCCAGUUUCGUGGACAGGUUUACCUCAUUAGAGGAUGUCACUACAGCAGUCAGAAAGGCUGGGCUAGAAAGCUGUGGUCUGAUAUUUGGAACAGAUUUUACAUCAAGUAAUAUGUACCAAGGGACUAAGACAUUUGGAGGGAAAAGUCUUCACAGUAUAGACCCCAGGGAACCUAACCCCUAUCAGAGGGUAGGCAAGGCUCAUAGACUAAAAACUAACAAAAGUCCUGCUAAUCAAUGUGAUGCAAACAGUCAAAUGUUAGUCAGAAGUAUAGAUUAUACUGCCAGUAAUGCCUAUCAGGGUCAGAGAACUUUUGGGGGACAGUCCCUCCAUUCUAUCGGCAAGAUGUUUCUUAAUCCAUACCAACAG